UUCCCACACACACAAACACACACAGGGCUGUGUAGCUGCCAGUGGGUUUGGGUUCACUACAGCAUGGCACCGUUUCCCUCCUCUCACCGAUGACAACUCACUUCUGCACUGAUUUAUCGGCGCUCGAACUCGCAGGGUCACUCUUUCACGACGCUGCUCGACCUUUGGUGUCUGUCCAACAUGCUACACACACAAACUACCCAACACACACACACACAGUGCGAGAGAGACUGAACAGGUGGUUGGACAGAGAGAAAGUCACAAAGAAACCAGAGAGAACGUUCCCCAUUCCUGCUGUUCUUGUUCAUGUAUGUAUUUAUUUUUUUAUUUAUCGUGUGACGUCUGGUGAGAGCAGAGAUGUUCAGCUACGGCAGGCCAGGCGUCUUCACCUGGACUAGCACUCUGAGGGAGUGUGUUCAUCCCACAGCUGCACGAUCCAAAGUCUCCAUGGCGUCUCCCUGCUCCAGCGGACUCGAGGUUCUCCUGUCUACUCUGGAGAACGCUGGAGACAUCGAGAACAUGCUGAACGUCCUCAACGUGCUGGAUGAACUUCUCUCUGCAGGUACAGCCCGGCGUAUUAACUAUAUGAUCUCUAAAGGAGGAAGUGAAGCUCUUCUCUCAGCGCUGGUGAAAACGUCUCAGUGCUCGAGUCCAAACUUCACACUGCUGCUGUCCACACUACACCUCCUCGCUAAGGUGGGACACAGAGACCGUAUGAUCGGGGUGAAAGCGGAGAAAGCCGGCGCCGUUUUACUGAUACUCAGUCUUUUACGGCAAAACUGGGAAAAUGUCAGGAGAGUGGUGGCGUGUCUGUGGGUCAUCACCACCUUCUGCUCCUCUAUUUCCACUGCCAUGCUGUUAGGAGAGAAUGGAGCUCUGGACGUUGUGUUUAAGCUGAUAACACCACCUGCUGCAAAACACACUCGCACAGUCAAGGCCGCUGUCCUCGCCUUCUCCGCUCUGCUAUCCUCAAAGGAUAAUGUCCGCCUGGCGGUGGGGAAACGGUACAUCUCGGGCUUGUUGAGAGUUUAUGAAGACUGGCACACGCAGGAUUCGAGGAACGAGCAUGUCGCCGUACGCAGGGCGUUCCUCCACUGCCUGCACAGUGCCGCCAAAACCAGCGCCGGGAGACACGCCCUCGUUUCUGAGGGAGGAGUCGCUGUGCUGUAUAACACCACACAGGCGUGUUUGUUGACGAAGGACUCCGAGUCUCUGGUGGAAAGUGCAGUUCAGCUCAUGAGGAAAUGUCUCCCAAAACUUCCUCUACCUUUAAGUUCGGAUCGCAGCACCUACAGCUUCCUACUUCCUGGAAAAACUGAGGAGGCCUGGGAAUCUGACUCAGGAGCCAAUGAUGUAAACAAUGAAGAUGACAGUGAUGAAGAACAAGAAAUCGAAGAGCCUGAAUGCCACGAUUUCGAGGAUGAUUUGGAGACGGAUGUGAAUAAGCUGAGGGCUCGGCCGGAUCCGGAUCGGCCAAAGGAGCAACUGGCUCAGUACGCACACUUCUGCCCUGAACUCCAUCACAACUUCCAGGAUCUGGACUCGGGCUCUGAGCGAGACGCGAGCUCCGACGACAACGUCAAAGUCCAGAGCGGAAGAAAAUCCAAAACAUCGUCCGAUAACCGAUCGCCUCCGUCUUCGCCCGGAGAGAAGCAAGAAGAGACGGAGCUGAAAGCCCGGGAUUUCCAUAGUCGCUUCCUGAACUGCUCGGGAAUUCAACAGGAAGCCCGUAACAGCAUGUUGGACAGACUUUUGGAGAAAUACGCCGCCUCGAUUCCCCAUCACGAUCCUCGGCUUUACAGCGGUGCGGCUGCUCACACUAAAUCCAUCGCCACGUUCUCCAUUUUGGCUUUUCCGGAUUUCUGGGGACAUCUUCCUCCGGCCGGGCUCCAGCGCAUGGCUCACAGGAAACCUCACAUCCAGAGAAAGAAAGUUUUUGAAGACAUCCAGCGCCUCCUCUGUCCCGAUGACAUCAUCAGUAAAGUCGUUUUUGAUAUUGAAGAGCCCAGUCCUCAUUGUUCCAACAAAGCCCCAGCAGACUCUCUUCGUUUCUUCUCCACGUUUGAGAAUGGGAACUUAAGGAAAGCUGUUCACAUCCGCAGAUACGAGUAUGAUUUGAUCGUUAACGCCGAUGCGAACACGUCGACUCAUCAGCAGUGGUUUUAUUUUGAGGUCAGUGGAAUGGCGGCGAACGUUCCUUACCGCUUCAAUGUCAUCAACUGUGAGAAAAGCAACAGCCAGUUCAACUACGGCAUGCAGCCCGUGUUGUAUUCAGUAAAAGAGGCACUUGAGGGAAGACCUCAGUGGGUUCGAACGGGAACUGAGAUCUGCUACUAUAGGAAUAAUUUCCGGCCGUGUGAGGGUCACGGAGGUCGCUGCUUUUACACUUUGACCUUCACCGUCACCUUUAGGCACGAGGACGAUGUGUGUUACCUGGCCUAUCAUUAUCCGUACACCUUCGCCACGCUGCAGUCUCACCUCCAGAUGCUGCAGCGCUCUCUCGACCCGCGGAAGAUUUUCUUCAGACAGCAGACGCUGUGUAACACUCUCGGGGGAAACGCCUGUCCUCUGAUCACCAUCACGGCCACGCCCACCUCACACACCUCUAAACACCUGCACCAGCUCCGGAACAGGCCGUGUGUGUUCCUGACAGCGAGGGUGCAUCCCGGUGAGUGUAACUCCAGCUGGGUGAUGAAGGGAACGCUGGAGUUCCUGUGCAGCGACGACGCCGUGGCCGAGAGUCUGAGAGAAACGUUCAUCUUCAAAAUCAUCCCCAUGCUCAACCCUGACGGAGUGAUACACGGCAACCACCGUUGCUCUCUCAGUGCUGAUGAUCUGAACCGUGAGUGGAUGAAGCCGAGUCUCGUCCUCAGUCCCACCGUCUAUCACGCGAAAGGACUGCUGUAUUACCUCUGCAGCAUCGGCAAAACCCCACUGGUGUUCUGUGAUUAUCACGGUCACUCGAGGAAGAAGAACGUGUUUCUGUACGGUUGCAGUGUGAAGGAGACGCUGUGGCAGUCCGGCUCUCCCAUUAACACCGCUUCACUUAAAGAGGAUCCGGGAUACAGAACGAUCGCUAAAACUCUGGACCGAAUCGCUCCGGCGUUCUCCUUCAACAGCUGUAAUUUCUUGGUGGAGAAGUCGCGGGCGUCGACGGCACGCGUGGUGGUCUGGAGGGAGAUGGGUGUUUUACGCAGCUACACCAUGGAGAGCACCUACAACGGCUGCGAUCAGGGUAUCUACAAGGACCUGCAGACGGGGACGCGCGAGUUGGAGGAGAUGGGGAUGAAGUUCUGUCAGAGUCUCCUCACUCUGAGGAAAAACUCCAUUAACUACAACAGCCGCCUCAUCGAGCAGGCAGCCGCCAUCUUAGACCUGGACAACGGCCUGAUGGACCACAAAUCCCACAACUGCUUCGAGGACGACGAGCCUCCAUGCGUGGAGGACAUCGAGUACUCGUCCUACAGCGAGAUCUACAGCGCCACCGAGCUGGACGAAGAGGUCGACGGAAACACGUCCAGCGCCGACGAGGACGAGGACGGGGAAGAUCGCAGCGGGAAAUCCCGGCACAGGAAGUCGGCCGUGUUCCCUCACGCCUGCCAUCAGGAUUCCUUAGAGACUCUGAGCCUGAAGAGCAGCAACAGCAUCGACAUCAACAACACGUACCUGAGCUAGAGGACAACGAGUUCAACGAGAAUAUUCACGCGAUACGUUACUGACCCGAGCUUUAACGAGGAAAAAAUAUCUCCAGCUAACAAGCAACAGAAAUAUUACAUAUAUUAAUAUCAAUAUAGCUUAGUGAUUGUGAUUUAACUUUACUUUACUUACAAUAAUAGACUUCAGUAUAAAUAAGAAAGUAUCGUUACUUAAGUAGAACGUUCCUUGUUAUGCGAUAUCAGAUGUACAGUAUAGCUAAGUAACGACAAAAUAAUUUUCAACAUUAACAUCUAACAGGCUGAAACGUCUUGGAGAAGCGUCACCGUUACGCACGCCAUUCUCUGCGGGGGGAAAAAACCUGAGCGCUAUCGUAUUCCACGUUCAACUGACCUCUGAAUCGUCAUUUUCAAGGAAAUUUAACCUUGUCUUUUGUUAGCAACAAGCUAUCCAGCUAAUGCUAGUGGUGCGCGUGACCUUUAACAUUAACGUUCUAGAUUCGAUCAGUGAAAGCAUCUGCGUGUUGAUUGAUUUAAAAAAGCAAAAAAGCAAAAAAAAAAACAAAAAAAAGCAAUGAUGUUAAUCCUAUUUGAAAAGUGGAGCUGCAGGACAACUUCCCAACGUUCCGAGUGUGAAGUCCAAGCUACGACUCGGUCGGAAAUUCCGAGUAACGAGUUUUAGUCCUCCUUUUGGAAAAACACGCGUUCGAAUCGCAAUCGUUUGAAUAUUCAAAUGCGUCCGCAUAUUAACGAACCUAUAUAUAACGGCAGUGUUAGUUACACGAUUAUUUUAGAUCGCGUAAACAUCAGAAACACAAAAUGAUCCAAAAACGUUACUUUAUUUAUAGUAAUUUAGCUAGCUUAGCGCGUUCCCGCGUACCUUGGCUUACACACGAUGUUCCGAUAUUAAAGCUUUUUGCUGAAUUUGAACAUUGGGGGGGAUACGUUACGCCGCGCUCGUGCAUGAACGUGAUGGAGAAACUAAACACGCACAAAGACAAUGCACUCGGAACACCGGACAAUUCCAAUCGGAACAUUUUUGUACUUGAGCGUCUUGUUCCGUAAGAAAAGGAAGUGAACUGACUUCAGAAACUGAUUACACGAGCAUUUCAUCCCCGUCUUUCCUGCACCGACCGCAGCCAACACCUCUGACCUUUAAACAGCGGUAAACCUCUCGCUCCAGACACGAUUAUCUCAUUACUAUAAAAUACUGCAGUUCUUUUUCAUCUGGGAACAUCUGGAUUAAAAGGUGAAAUCCCCACACUACGGAUAAAAAUAAGUAACACACCGGAUAUUAAUGAUAUUUCCGUGUCAGGAUUUGAGACCGAUCGAAAGCAGAGCCGAUUCCAACGACUCGAUGCGUUCGACAGUCAUUUGUUAUGUUAAGAAACUAAAUGUUCAGUCAUUUAUUAUAAAAGUAAAACAACUACACAACAUCAGCACUUAGUGUGUAAGAGUUAACGUUAAAUCAUUUAUAUAGCGUUUAUUUAUCAUUUUAGUGUGUUUGUUUUUGUGCAGCGUUUAAAAAAAAAUUAUUAACUGUGAUUUUCUGCCUUAUUUGUGUAAAGCGCACACACGCACGCACGCACGCACGCACACACGCACACACACACACACACACACAGCACUAGAACAAUAUACAAACAAACAAGUGAAGAAACGGUGUCUCUAAAGGGAACU